ACGACGUCGUGCGCCGUGCAGGCGUCAGCAAGCUGCGCCGCGCCUUCGGGGUGCUUCCGGAGCUGGUACUUGGGCAAAGCUACCGGGGGGUUAUUGUCUUCGCUUCACAGGGUCUAUUUGAGUCCUGUCCACCGGACCCUACCCGGGGUACCUUUGAAAACAAACGGGCUAUGUUGCUGUUGCUUGUCGGUACCCUCUCCUGACGCCUCCGUCGCCCGGGUCAUGUGGACCCUCGUGGGUCGGGGUUGGGGGUGCGCACGCACUCCCGCGCGGUGGGCCACUGGGGCCGCGCUUGGGCCCGCGCCGACGUUUGGGGCUGCUCCAGAGUCCUGGCCUACCUGCAGGGUCUACAGCUCUGCAGAAUUCAAGGAAAAACUUGACAUGUCUAGGUUUCCUGUUGAAAAUAUUAGAAAUUUCAGUAUCGUUGCACAUGUGGAUCAUGGCAAAAGUACUUUAGCUGACAGGCUCCUAGAACUUACAGGGACAAUUGAUAAAACAAAGAAUAAUAAGCAGGUUCUUGAUAAAUUGCAAGUGGAACGAGAAAGAGGAAUCACUGUUAAAGCACAGACAGCAUCUCUUUUUCACAAUUGUGAAGGAAAGCAGUACCUUUUAAAUCUCAUUGAUACACCGGGCCAUGUUGAUUUUAGUUAUGAAGUAUCCAGGUCACUUUCUGCUUGCCAGGGUGUUUUACUUGUGGUUGAUGCAAAUGAGGGUAUUCAAGCCCAAACUGUAGCAAACUUCUUUCUUGCUUUUGAAGCACAGCUAUCGGUAAUUCCAGUUAUAAAUAAGAUAGAUCUGAAGAAUGCUGAUCCUGAAAGGGUUGAAAACCAAAUUGAGAAAGUGUUUGAUAUUCCAAGUGAUGAAUGUAUUAAGAUUUCUGCUAAACUUGGAACAAAUGUUGAGAGUGUUCUUCAGGCAGUUAUUGAAAGAAUUCCCCCCCCUAAAGUGCAUCGCAAAAAUCCCCUGAGAGCUUUGGUAUUUGACUCCACCUUUGACCAGUAUAGAGGUGUGAUAGCCAAUGUAGCAUUAUUUGACGGAGUGGUUUCCAAAGGAGAUAAAAUUGUAUCUGCACAUACUCAAAAGACAUACGAAGUUAAUGAAGUAGGAGUUUUAAAUCCUAAUGAGCAACCAACUCAUAAAUUAUAUGCAGGACAGGUGGGCUAUCUGAUUGCUGGGAUGAAAAAUGUCACUGAAGCGCAAAUAGGAGAUACAUUAUAUUUACAUAAGCAACCAGUGGAGCCCUUGCCUGGGUUUAAAUCAGCGAAACCAAUGGUAUUUGCAGGAAUGUAUCCUGUAGACCAAUCUGAAUAUAACAACCUGAAGAGUGCUAUAGAAAAACUAACUUUAAAUGAUUCCAGUGUGACAGUUCAUCGGGAUAGUAGCCUUGCUCUGGGUGCUGGCUGGAGGCUAGGAUUUCUUGGACUUUUGCACAUGGAAGUUUUCAACCAGCGACUGGAGCAAGAAUAUAAUGCUUCUGUUAUUUUAACAACCCCUACUGUUCCAUAUAAAGCUGUACUUUCAUCAUCAAAAUUGAUAAAGGAAUAUAGAGAAAAAGAAAUUACAAUUAUCAAUCCUGCACAAUUCCCUGAUGAAUCAAAAGUAACAGAAUAUUUGGAGCCAGUUGUUUUGGGCACUAUUAUCACACCAGAUGAAUACACUGGAAAAAUAAUGACGCUUUGCGAGGCUCGAAGAGCAGUUCAGAAGAAUAUGAUAUUUAUUGAUCAAAAUAGAGUUAUGCUUAAAUAUCUCUUUCCUUUGAAUGAAAUUGUGGUAGAUUUUUAUGACUCUUUGAAAUCCCUGUCUUCUGGAUAUGCUAGUUUUGAUUACGAAGAUGCAGGCUACCAGACUGCAGAACUUGUGAAAAUGGAUAUUCUACUGAAUGGAAAUAGUGUAGAGGAGCUAGUAACUGUUGUACACAAAGACAAAGCACACUCAAUUGGCAAAGCCAUAUGUGAACGGCUGAAGGAUUCUCUUCCUAGGCAACUGUUCGAGAUAGCAAUUCAAGCUGCUAUUGGAAGUAAAAUCAUUGCAAGAGAAACUGUGAAAGCCUAUAGGAAAAAUGUUUUGGCAAAAUGUUAUGGUGGUGAUAUUACCCGAAAAAUGAAGCUUUUGAAGAGACAAGCAGAAGGAAAAAAAAAGCUGAGGAAAAUUGGCAACGUUGAAGUUCCAAAAGAUGCUUUUAUAAAAGUGCUGAAAACACGAUCUUCUAAAUAAUUGGUGGGAAAACAAAGAAUUUUCAUAAAUUAAAAACUCUGUUUUUCACUGCAAUUUGUAGUAUGCUGACAACAGAAUGAAAAUUAUAAAAUUUGCUUGUUACUUUCAGGGUAUUCAGGUUCAAAUAACUUACUAGCCUUUCAUUGAAAGGGAGUAAUGAGUGGGUAGGUUAAGAGCUUAAGAUUUUGAAGCCAUGUUGCCUGUUCUCAAAUACCUGUUCCAACCACUCACUAGUAAGGUGACCUUUGCCAAAUUAACCUUUGUUUCCUCUUGAGUAAAAUAGAGAUUAUAUACUACCUACAUAAGUUGUUGUGAAGAUUAAAUGAAGUAAUACAUUAAAUAUUCAGAGGUAAAAGCACUCAGUUGUUGAGUCCUUAAUGCAGUUAUGUCCUUAAAUGCAUUGUAGGGUCCUUAGAAACUGACUCUAAGCAAGAUGUCACGUAGCAGGUCCUUGAAUGAUGACAUUUCCUUCUAAGUGGUUUAUAACAUUGAUGAGGAAAAAAAAUUGGUUUAUGAAUCAUUUCAUUAUUAUUAUUUAUUUAUUUAUUUAUUUUUUGAGACGGAGUCUUGCCCUGUCGCCCAGGCUGGAGUGCAGUGGCACAAUCUCGGCUCACUGCAACCUCCACCUCCCGGGUUCAAGAGAUUCUCCUGCCUCAGCCUCCAUUACAGGUGCGCACCACCAUGCUUGGCUAAUUUUUUGUAUCUUUAGUAGACAUGGAGUUUCACCAUGUUGGCCAGGCUGGUCUCGAACUCCUGACCUCGUGAUCCACCUGCCGUGGCCUCCCAAAGUGCUGAGAUUACAGGCAUGAGUCACCAUGCCCAGCCAUGUCAUUUCAUUUAAAGUCACAAUUUCCAUGAAUCUCAACAAGUGAGGACCUGCUACAUUUUGUUGCGUGCAGUUUUUCCUUACUGACACUAAAAGGCCGCAUACUUAAGAUUCCAUCUACUUUAAGUUAAAGGAUUUUCAGAAUCACCUUAAGUGUCAAAUUUGUUAGCAGGAUUAAUUUAGCUGAUAUGAAUUCAUUUAUUAAACAGAACUCAAAUAACAUACUAACUAGACAGCUGCUCUAGUUCAUGAUAAAAUGUUUAUAGAUUUUAUCAGGUUGUUUGAAACUAAAUGGUUUACGUCUAAAUUAAGGGCAGACAUUGAAAACGCAUUUGUGUAAAAAUGACAGGUGUUUGGUGUUACCAGGAACUCUUAAUGACAUUUUAAUAAUUAUUGUCUAAAUUUCAUAAUUGAAGCGAUUUUAGAGUAGUUAACUUGAGAUUUCAGAGCCACUAAAUGGCUGUAUUUCUCCAAAGCUCUCAGCUGCCGUGUUUAUUCAGCCAAUGAACAAACCAGACUGCAGACUAUAUUAUAGCAAGAUAACAUUAUUUAGCCAUUGAUUUUUAUCUUCUACCUUGCUUGAAUGAACUGAAUGAAGAAAAUGCCUUUUAGGGAUAAACACUGUCAAGGAUGAAUUUUAUACUAAGGUUAUGUGAAAGAAAAAAAAUCUCAAAACCACUAAGCCAGAGGGAAGUCAGGCUGGGAACUGAUUGAGGCAAACCUGCCUCCCAUUUUAUUCCUAAAUGAAGACAGUCACAAAGAUAAAAUUUGCUCACAAGGAAAUUCCUUAUGGACAAAGACAGAACUCAAAGUCUUCCUUCUGCUCACAUGAAACAAAUGCAUAAAUGGUUGCUUCCUGUGCCCCGUGUUUCACUAAGCCAGAUUAAGGUGUAAGUAUUCCCCUACCCUCCUCUCACACGUAAAUUGUAUAUUCAGUGAAAGGCUAAUCAGAAACUCAGAAGAAUGCAGCUCUUUCUCUCUUACCUGCCUAUGCUUGAAGCCCCCGCCCCUCUUCGAGUUGUCCUUCCUUUCAGGACCAAUGUACACCUUACACAUACUGAGUGAUGUCUCAUGUCUGUCUAAAAAUGUGUAAAACCAAGCUGUGCCCCAAACACCUUGGGCACAUGUGGCAAGGACCUCCAGAGGCUGUGUCACGGGCACAUCCUUAACCCUGGGAAAAUAAACUUUCUAAACUGACGAGAGCUGUCUCAGAUAUUUUGAGCUCCCAGUUAUUGUGAAAUCAUCUUAAUUAUAAAUUGAGAUUUACUUAAAAUCACGUGUAGAAGUAGCCUGAGAUGUAGUCCUAGAUACAUACAUUAUCAUCUUAUGUAUCUUCCCUCCCCCUUCCAGGUUCUGAUAAAACAUGAAAUCUGAAAGACCAUGACAGCAGUAUUUUGAAAAUGACAGUAUUUGAAACUAAAAAAUUGUAAAACAAAGUGUUCUGUCACUGCCAAGGGAUAAGUUACAAAUUGGUUCUUGGAACAUAAUAUGUACUAUGUGCUUGUUAUUUAAUAAUUUACCAAUAUUAGCCUUUUUUAGUCAGACUAUUUUUUUUUUUAACCUAUGACUCUUUAGGAAAUAGUUUUAGUUAUAAUAGUACAAAAAAGCAUUUUCAUAAGCUUAAUUUCUUUCCCCGUCCCACUUUCUCAGUCAGAUGACUUUAGUGACUUGGAGUUGUGUGCUUUAUAAGUGUAUUCCUCAGAGGACCUAACAUUAAUAAGAUUUUAGCAAUCAUUAAAAUAUGUUUAAACACUGUUAUCAAUAUUAAAAUAGCACUAUUUAUUGAAUUUAAUAUGUGACGACCACUCUGCUGACCUAUGUAUGCUUCCCUCAUUCAAUCUAUUUAAAACUUUUGGGAAAGAAGCAGAGUUUAUUUUCCAAAGUCACCAUUGUUGACAGACAGAGCUGGGAUUCAAUGGUUUCUUUCUUCAAAAAGCUAAGUUCUUUGCCUAACAGCAGCUUAGCUCCUGAGUUAGGGAAUGAAAGCAGGAAUGAAAGUGGCCAGAGUUUCCGCUAUUCAGCUUGUGGAGGAGCUUGAGUACAUGAACCUCAAGUAAGCCCCUAACAUCAAGGUCAGGAAAGGAGAAUUUUUAGACCUUUAAAGCACAGAAAUAACUGGUGAAUCAUGUACCACAACAGGUACCUUUAGCUUUUUCACUGUGAUGCUGUAUGACUUUCUAAGGUAGUCAGCAUAGUUUGUAGUAAAUUAUUCUUAUUACUGGAAGUGUACGUGGAAUGUUACUGACUCACUAGUUACUUAAAAAACAUAAGGCUAUUAAAACAUCAUCUGGAAUUAAAGCAGCAAAUUUACCCCAUCCCCCACUUGUAACCAUAAAAUCCUAUUACCAAUUUUAUUUCAUUAAUUUAUUUGCUCUUUUAAUAUUUUAAGAAACUAAAUACAUUUUAAUCACAUAGACAAGCAGGUAAGUAAGGCUUCUUCUACCAGGUGGGCUUAUGAAAUGCAAAAUAAGCAAAAGGAGCAUUUUUUUUGCUCCCCACAGAGGCAGAGACAUCUUUUAACCUAACUCCUGAUGCAUGAUGGCAACAAACGCAAACUAAAUGCAGGUUCACAUGUACUAUAAUUGUUGGGAGUUGAAUUCAUGUAUUCAGUUUCACUUCUGGAAAUAAAAUUUAGAUAACUUAUUUAUUACACGCUUUAUUUGAGUUAAAGAUAGAAAACAAUAUACUUUUAUGUAAAUUGCUAUGGCAAUGUAGUUUACAGUAAUUCCUUUUAUAUAUAGUUCAUAUUAUUUUAGACAUAAGGAAUAAAGCUAGUCGUAUAUUAAGUUUAACAAUAAUCAGAAAAUAUUCUCCAAAAUAAUUUCCUGAAGUGGAUUGCUAGGUAUAAAGCUCAUAAUUGUCAAGAUACUUAUGUUAGGGACAUGAACCCAAGUCGUUAAAAAUAAGAUAUUUGUAAAAAAGUGCUAUAGAAGGUGGUGCACAAAAAACAUGCACUUACACAUACUUUCUGAAAGGAUGUAAACUACUUUUAGGCACUGUCAUCUCUUCAAAUUUCCUUUACCAACGAUAUAUAGCACAAUUUUUGAUGUCUAGAUAGUGCUGUAGGAAGAUGACUAAGGCAACCACGUGCAGAAAAGCAUGUGUGUGAUGCACAGAAAAUAUGAAGAUCGCAUUCCAAAAGUGAAGGUCUGCAAUGACAGUUUGAUCUGAAAGGUUUGGAGUGUCAUGUCAUUAAAAAAUGAAAUAUAUGCCACUGGAGUCAUAUCACAAAUGGCACCUGAUGUGUACACUCUACCUUUAAAA